AUGAACAUCCAGGACAUUGUCUUCCAAGGCGAAGGAGCAGCGUCCCUCAAUCAAAUCUUGCAGGUUUCAAGACAGCGGUUCCUCUUUGGAAGAGAGAUACAAAAGCUCAUGGUACUUGUUGGAAAUCUGCCAGAUUCACCUGUUCCUGUAGCUCCGCUUAUCCAGGGCCUCUACCGACGAGACUGCAAUGAAUACGUAGAUCAGAACCAGUGGAUUCCAACUGGACAAGGAGGGAGAAUGAGUAGAUCGGAUACCUUGAAAGUGAAUGGUCAGGUGGCGUUCAACUACAUGGAAGCACGCUUGAAUGUGGCAGGCGGUUCCUUCCGCCGUAGGACAAUCAGGAGGAGUGAACACCAAUUCGGGACCCUUGUCCAUUACCUUUUCAUCCCUCACAACAGAGUGAGCUUAUCGAAUGUAGUACCUUGUCUAUUGUGUUUAUGGAAUGUUUGCUUGUUAAAACAGCAAGGAGUUUAA